UUGAAAAUCGGGGAUUUGUAUCCAUUCCGGUCUUCCGUUUCUUCCCUGUCACUAGAUUCCUCCAUAAUUACUCGGACGACCUUCUGUUUAACUCCCUGAGUGGGCUUGAUCGCUUCGAUCCAAUCAUCAUGAAGGACGGUUUGGAGGUUUUCGAUUUCACGGAACAAGACGAGUUACCGGAAUUUGCAGCGAAAAGAAUUUCGGGAAAGUAUAAAAACCCUAACAUCGACGAUCAUGAGAUGUACGAUUUUCAUGAAUGCGUGGCCCAAGGAGCCAGAGUAUCAAAGAAGGAUGCUGUUGAUGCUCUUGAAAGUGAUCGGAGUUGCAACAAUGAUAUUACAUAUGAUCAUCUGAGCAAAGGUGGAGAUGCCUUCACCAUUAGAGAAGGAAAUUCUAUGUUGGAGGUUGCUUCACAGUUUAGAAUGAUAAACGAACCUCAUCAUUGUGCUGCCAUAUUAGAUAAUCAUGAACGUAGUGAGCCACUUGAUGUGAAAUCAUAUGCUGAUGCAUGCUCGACGGAGAGUUCUCCAUCUAGUCAUGCUGAUAUUGCCGAGGACAUUGUGUUUCCAUAUGGCGAUGAAUCAGAUAAUUGCUUUGGUGAGCUGGAAACGGAUGACAUAAAUAUUGUGGUUGAUUAUGUUGAGUAUCGCGGCAAUUAUUCUACAGGAGGCCUCGUAACUUUUUCCGGCAGUGGGAUCAAAAUUAGCUAUUCAAGUGCACAUGAAAACCAAGGAACCUUUAACAUAGAAAGAGGAAUUGACGAUAUUAUUGAUAUUAAGUCCCAGCAUAUUCAAAGAUUUGGACCGCUUAUGGUAAAGCUUUGCAUAUUCUCAAGGGAUACUGAACAAGUUGACAAUGGACAUGACACUUCAGGCGUUGAGGAGGUACAAUUUGCAAUUUUUGAUCCCAGCUGGUCCAAUAAACAAGAAAAGAUUAUCGCAUCAAACGAAAAAUACUCUGCAAUUUGGGAUGUUGAGCAAUACAUUGACGUGACAACGGAUGGUGAUGACUUUGUUAGAGAAGGGCAUUAUUUUCCCAACUUUGACGAAGCUUUUGAAGACGUCGUCUAUCCAGAAGGGGAUGCAGAUGCAGUUUCCCUUAAUAAAAGCGACGUUGACCUACUGCAACCUGAAACAUUUGUCAAUGACACCAUCAUUGACUUUUACAUCAAGUACUUGAAGAAUCAGAUCCCCGACAAGGAGAAACAUAGGUUCCACUUUUUUAAUAGUUUUUACUUCAGGAAGCUUGCUGAUAUGGACAAAGAUCCAUCUAGUGCUUCUGAUGGCAAGGCAGCUUUCUUGCGUGUUCGUAAAUGGACGAGAAAAAUGGAUAUAUUUGGAAAAGAUUAUAUCUUUAUUCCCGUUAAUUUCAAUCUCCACUGGAGUUUAUUGGUUAUAUGUCAUCCUGGUGAUGUGGCUGAUUUUAAAGCUGAAGGCUUAGCCAAGUCACCCAGAAUACCCUGUAUACUGCAUAUGGAUUCCAUCAAAGGAACACAUACUGGUCUGAAGAAUCUCAUUCAAAGUUAUUUGUGGGAAGAGUGGAAGGAGAGGCGAAAGGAGUCGUCAGAAGCUAUAUAUUCAAAAUUCUUGAAUUUGCGCUUUGUCCCACUUGAGCUGCCCCAGCAGGAAAAUUCAUUUGACUGUGGACUUUUCUUGCUUCACUACUUGGAGCUCUUCUUGGCAGAAGCUCCUUCCAAUUUCAGUCCUUUCAAGAUAACCAAGUUCUGUAAAUUUCUCAAUGGUGAUUGGUUUCCACCCGCUGAGGCUUCACUAAAGCGUACUUCUAUCCAGAGAUUAAUUUUUGGAGUCUUAGAAAAGCGUUCUCAGGAAGUAUCUUCUGCAGAGUGCAGUGAUGAGCCUCACCAUUCUGAAGUUUGUGAGAGAGAAACUGGUGUGGAGUUACUUUCAAAGAGGUGCAGUCCCGCAGUAGACUGUAAUGGUGAUUUACCGUCUUCUCAAUCUGACCAGGGGAUUGAAAUUACUCUCUUGUCAGCAUCUUCUUUGAGGAAUUCUCAGUGCUUUAAUGAUACAGGCUUGGUUUUCCGUGAGCUGCUUGAGCCUGGAAUGAGUACUGGAUCAUUACUUGCGGAGUACCACUCCUUUGACCAGCCAUCUUCUUACUACCCUCUUAAUAGCACUAUAUCGUCAUUAGAGGAUAAUCCAGAAACCGGAGAGCAGUUUGUUUAUUUACCUUCUGGAGGAUCUCCUUUUCAGCAAAUCACAACUGUGACCACACCUCAAGGCAGUGCUAUUCCAUAUUCAUUCCAGGGUUUUGGAGCAGACGGAUCUUGGAACCCAGGAUUUCCAGUGGAAGAUGGUGUUGAUUCAUCCCCAGAAACAUCUCACGAAGCAACAGAUGAUUUAAAUGAUGUUGGGAUCAUUGAAAAUGGCCCUCCAGAGGAAGAUGUGGCUGCCAACGAAAAGGAUAUAACCGAUCAACAGUCCCCAUCAACGGAGAACAUUGUGUCGGUGUCUAGUGAGAUCCUGGAUCCUUCCGUGGUUGAAGAUUCUCAAGACCCUGAUAAGAUUAUUGUCAUUGAAGAUUCUCAAGUCCCUGAUAUGAUGCUUGGUAGCAAGGAAAAUGGAGACCUCCCCUCCAGUGAAGAAAACACAACUGUAUUGUUUCUUCGAGACCCUAACAUGGCAGAAAAGAGAUUGCAUCAAGAGACCGAAAUGGUUGGCAGCGUGCCGGUCCCAUGUGAUGAUGAUGUGCAAAUUACUGAAAAUGGCGUAGUAGAAGAAUCAGGCGGACAUGUUGCAAAGAAACUACGGCUUACAUCGCCUGCUGAGGGAGAGGAUGUAAUCGCCAGAAGCCUUCCAGAAGAGGAUUUCUGAUUGCGAAUUUUGCUUGAAGGUUGGCUUCAAGUCUCAUUUUCCCAUUGAUUUUCAACUUGCCACCCACCCUGUAUAUGUAUGUAAAUACUUGCUCUCUAUUGGUAUUGAUGUGCUGGUAUUGAUGUGCCAUUUGUAGAUACGGUCGUGGCCCAAAAUAUACCCGUUUUGCUUACAAUCAUCUACAUACGGUUAUGGGUCAAGCUGAUCCCAUAACUCGGGCUUAUUAUCUUG